UAUUUUAGAGAGAAGGAGGAGGAGGAGGAAUCAAAUCUCUCUCUAUUCACCCUAAAUGUCCCAAAGUUCAGACGUGUCAGUCAUUAACCGGCAGACCCUCUCUGCCCCAUUCAUCUGCUAUGUGUUUAUCUGCACGCGUCCCACAGGAGCUGGAUCUGCUGUGUGUCUGUCCGUUAUUAAACACUUCAUACCAGCAGUGGAGAUGUGUUCUCUCCUCCGGCCUCCAGCGUUGAGUCGUCUCAUAUGUGUGCGGCUCAAAACCGUGGCUGCCUCGCAGUUCCCAGCAGCAAAGCGUAGUGGAGAGCUGAAAAACCCCUCACCAGCUGCGUAUCUGCAAUUCGAGGACCCUCAGGCGUUCAGGGUGAAGAGUCUGUGGGAGCUGAUCCGGGCCCUCGGUGUCUUCAGGCUUUGCUCGUUCCCUGUGCUGGUCAACAACUGCGGGAAGCUGAUGUCUUUCUCGAGGAGGGUUCUAGGAAAGCGAUGUUUCUGCAUGGUCCUCCGUCCGUCUGUUUACGCUCAGUUUGUUGCUGGAGAAACAGAAGGAGAGAUCGCAGACUCCAUGCAGAAGAUGAGCUCUCUGGGCCUCCAUCCAAUGCUGGCAGUGCCCAUCGAAGAGGACCUGGGGGAGAGCACCGGGGAAAAGCGGUAUGAAGAUAACCUGUCGGCCAUGCUGGAGUGUGUCCUCAUGUCUCACAGUAAUGGAUGGAGUAACAAUCCCAUGAUGCAGCUGAAGAUCACAGCUCUAGUCAGCCCUGAACUGUGUGUUAAGCUUACCUCUCUGCUGAAAACAGAACUGUAUGAUCUGAACUUGCUUGUCAAAGCCAUGGAUGGAGAGGAAGUCUUGUUUCCUGGUCUGACUGAGAGUGAAAACACACACCUGCUAUUUGGUCUUCGGAGGCUCAACAAAAUCGGAGAAGCGAGUGUUAAUAAAGUGCGUGUCCUGGUGGAUGCCGAGUACACAUAUAUGAAUCCUGCGCUGUCACUCAUCACAAUGGCCAUGAUGAAGAAAUUCAAUCAACAAAGCGCCUGGAUCUGGAACACAUACCAGUGCUAUCUGAAGGAAUCGAGAAAUCUAUUACUUGAUGCCGUUCAGACGUCCAUCAAUCAGAGUUUUUGUUUCGGCGUUAAACUCGUAAGAGGAGCUUACAUGGACAAAGAAAGAAAAUUAGCUGAAAAAGAAGGACGGACAGAUCCAAUCCAUGAAUCAUGGGAGCAUACUAAUGACAGUUAUAACGGAUGUCUAGAGCUCAUGUUGAAGCUGAUUGCAGAGAAACCGGAGCGCUACAUGAUGAUUGUUGCCACUCACAAUGAAGAAUCGGUCAGACGGGCUGUGACGCAUAUGGUAGAGCUGGGACUUCACAGAGAUGGAAACUCUGUGUGCUUUGGUCAGCUGUUGGGCAUGUGUGACCACGUCUCUCUAACUCUAGCUCAGCAUGGUUUCUCAGUGUACAAGUCAGUGCCGUACGGAUCGGUGGACGACACGCUGCCGUAUCUGGUGCGACGAGCUCAGGAGAACCGCACCGUCCUCCAGGGGAUCCGGAAGGAGAGAGAUCUGCUCAGACAGGAGCUCCAUCGCAGACUUAAAGAAAAGAUCAGCAGAUCCACAUAGAGAAACUGCGCUGGAAAUCAAUCUAAAGGGCAAGUGGAAAAAGACAUUUAAUACUUGAGCUUGAAUGACCAUGUAUUGGAGACAGAACGAUGUCCUGAAUGUUCAUUGGAAGAUGGAAUACAGUGCCUGCUAGUGGACAUUCAAUGGGAUGAUGGGAUUAUCACAAAUUAACUUUUUUUUAUGCACAGGUUAUCAAUACACAUUAACAAAUUUGUCCUUGUAAGUUAUUAGUGCUGAGCAAAGAUUAAUCACAAUUUAUCCCAAUCAAAAUAUAGUAUGUUUUGACAUUAGAUAUGCUUGUGUAUUAUAUAUAUUUAUUAUGCAUACGUAAUACACACACAUACAUAAAACAAAACUAUACAAAACUUUUUUGCUUAACUAUUUAAAUCUAUAUUAUUUGUAUCAUUCAUACAUUUUCCUCCGGCUUAGUCCCUUAUUCAUCAGGGGUCACCACAGCGGAAUGAACCGCCAACUAUUCCAGCAUAAGUUUUACACAGCGGAUGCCCUUUCAGCCACAACCCAGUACUGGGAAGCACAGAUACGCACUCGCAUUCACACACACUCAUACACUACAGCCUAUUUAGUUCAUUCUAUUCACUAUAGUGCAUGUGUUUGGACUGUGGGGGAAACCGGAGGAAACCCACACCAACACGGGGAGGACAUGCAAACUCCAUGCAGAAAAUGCCAACAGACCCAGCCGAGGCUUGAACCAGCGGAAUUCUCGCUGUGAGGCGACAGCGCUACCCACUGCGCCACCGCAUCGCCAAUUUGUAUCAUAUACAUAUAUAUUAUGUACCUAAAUAUAAAUAAACAUUUUCUCAGAUAUGCACACAUAUUACACAGCACACACGCAUAUAUUUUGUCAAAACAUUGAUUUUGGAUGCGAUUAAUCACGAUUAAUCUUUGCCCUGCACUAUAAAUUAAACAUUACAAAUCAAAAAGUGUAAUUUAAAUUUAAUAGAAAAAAAAUAACCCAAUAUUCAAUUUGUUCAUAUUUGACUCAAGUUUGGGUUAAUUAAAAACACAGCAUUUUUUUUUGGUGCAUUUAUAAUAUACUCACUUGGUCCUCAAAAACAUUUACGCAAACAUUUUAAGCAGUUUUCAAUGAUAUUAUUUAAUAUAUAAUAAUAAGAAGAACCAUUUUUUCAUGAACUAUAAUGUUGUCACUUUAAGGCUUUAUAGAAAAAAACAUUUGUUGGCUCAAAUAUGGACAAACCUGACAGUUUUUGGUGUUAACAAAUAAGCAUCAGCUAAGAUUAAUGAAUGAUUUUAUAGUUACUACAAUCCCAAAAAUGGCAUGUGCUGUUAAUUUGACUCAUUUAAAAUGAGCCUAAUCAACACAAUUAUUAAGUUUUUUUGGAGACAGCCUAACUGAUUUUAUUCAGUCCACUUAAAUUAAAAAAAAACUUAUAAGUAGGGCCAGACGGAAUCUGCGGACAUUUUUUGUUAUUUCUGCACAGAAUUUUGUUAAAAAUCUGUGGAUUUAUAUGGAAUGAUUUUGGGAGGAUCAUAACAAAAACUUUAAUGUAUUAAAAACAUUUAUUUAAUGUUUACAAUGCAAAUCCGAUUAGAUCCACUUUUUUUUAUUUGGUAAACAAAAGCAAGUCCCUCAUAUAAUAUAUCUCCUAAAAGACAACAGAACAGAAAAUACUACUUUACAAACUGUAUUGUAAAUAAAUCAGAUGAACAUUUUAAUAUUUGUCAAUAAUAUUACUGAAAUUGAUAAAAAAACGGAAUAAAUAUGUUUACACACAUUUACACAAAUCAAUAAACAGAAACAAUUAUGGGCUAAAAAUCUGCAGAAUUCUGUGUGCGCAGAUUCCGUGUGGGCCUAUUUAUAAGGUAACUUAAUUCAUUCAUGUUAUCUCAAUACAAAUUGAUUCUGUGGCGUCUAGCAUUUUUUACAGUAUAAUUGACUUUCGUUAAAUUAGCUGAUGUUAACAAAUGAAAUCUUACAGUAAAGUGUUAAAGAACAAAAGGUAGUAGUCACAGAAUUUUCAAUGCCACAGGCGUGAUUAACAUAAAAAAUGUGCUUGCAGGGUUCCACACAGUUCCUCAUGUUGCCCCAACACAAAUCAUUUAAGUUAACGUGUUAGUUUUUACAAAUUUAAGUGGAUUGAACACAAAACAAGUAAAAAAAUCUCAAGAAUUGUGUUGUUUCAGCUCACUAUAAAUGAGCAGCAAUAUAUAUAUAUAUUUUUUUUGAGUGUAUUACGUACUUGGUGCUGUGAUUAAUUAAAAUUUUAUGAUAAAAUAAACCCAGCAGUUUAAAUUUUAAUGAAAAAAAAAAGUAUAGACCAUUUUGAGGGAUGUAAACAACAAUAUUACAUUUAAAAUUUCCAUAGCUUCUUAGAGUCCAAAAAGUUCCACAAAUUAAUAAAUUAUGUUACAAUAGCAGUUAUAACAUCAAGUUAUGAAUGAAUCUCUUGUUACAGACAUGAAAUAGUUUGACAACAAGCAGGAAAUGUUCAUGGGCCAAUGACAUCAGCACAUUGAAAUGGUCUAGAUCAGUGUUUCCCAACCCUGUUCCUGAAGGCACACCAACAGUACACAUUUUCAACCUCUCCCUAAUCAAACACACCUGAAUCAACUUAUCAUAACAUCAGAAGAGACUCCAACACCUGAAGUUAAUGGGUCAGAAAAGGGAGACAUCCAAAAUAUGUACUGUUGGUGUGCCUCCAGGAACAGGGUUGGGAAACACUGGUCUAGAUAGCUGCUUUACAUAGAUGAACAUGACUAAAAUUAAUAAUAUUAGACUUUAUGGGACAUUUCCACAUAUCACACUGGUAAAAUACUAGUGGUUCUACAGGGUGGGCCGUUUUUAUGGAUACACCUUAAUAAACGUAUUGGGAAUUUCACAAGAAAAAACAAUAGUGUGCUUGGUUUUAAUGUAACUUUAUUCUUUGAUGAGUUAUUUACAAGCCCCCUCACAUGUACUAGUGUGCCAAAAACAGGACGUUAAUAUCACCAACCAUUCUCAUUUUAUUAAUGUGUAUCAAUAUAAAUGGCUCACCCUGUAGAGUAAGAUAAUAUUAAUGUCACUGUUAGAUGACCCAUUGAAAAGCAGAUUUAUUAAUAAUGAACCUUUAUUAAUAAUGAUAUUUGAGUAUUGAAAAUAACUGAGCACCAAAUCAGCAAAUUAGACUGAGUUCUGAAGGAGUGACUGAAGUAAUGAAGCUGAUAAUUCUGCAUUGCAUCACAGGAAUACAUGACAUUUUAAAAUAUAUAUCUAAUCUGUGGUCAUUAUUUUGGAAGUGGCUUCAAUUUGCGCCUCACAACUACAGUAGAAAAUGAAAAUAAAAUCUAUUCCACCAAUGUUCCAUCA